CUUGCUUUCUUCUACAAACCGCACACCAUUACGUUACUGACAUUUAUUGUUUUCCACAUUAUGUACUUUUACCAGGACCUUUCACAAGACCACAUCCCACUAUAUGGCGUAUGGUUUUUGGUCUUCAUUACUUCCUCUUUCUGGUAUUUUACAUCUUUCUGAACUGGGAUCAGGUGAAAACACUGUUGUACUGGCUAGACCACAAUUUGUGUUACGACACUCGGGAGCCAGAUGUCAUGCACAUCUUUGUCUUUCAAGCCUCUCAUCCUCUCAGCUGGUGUUUGAUCAUCUUCAUCGGGGUCAUCACUGCACCCCCAGAACGAGACAAUAGAGAAACUGCCCUCCUCCAUAGAUGUCUGCAACGCACUGAGCCGGAUCAGUCCGCACAAAGCAGCUGGACCAGACAAUCUCCAUGGACGUGUACUCAGGGCGUGUGCAGAGCAGCUCGCUGGAGUUUUUACAGACAUUUUCAACCUGUCUCUUGCCCAAGCAACUGUGCCAACAUACCUUAAAUCCACCUCUGUUGUACCAGUCCCAAAACACUCCAGCCCAACGUGCCUGAACGACUACCGCCCUGUAGCACUCACACCCAUUAUUAUGAAGUGUUUUGAGAGGCUGGUCCUAGCACACCUGAAGGACUCUCUGCGAUCCACACUAGACUCAUACCAGUUUUCUUUCUGAGGACACUGAAGAAGGACCAGCUGUCCCAGGCUAUCCUGGUCUACUUAUGUCGCUGUGCAAUAGAGGACAUCCUGACAAACUGUGUCACAGUAUUGUAUAGGAGCUGCUCUGUUGCUUAGCACAAGGCAAUGCAGCGGAUGGUGAGAAGAGUCAAGCGCAUCACAGGGAUUCCGCUGCCAGACAUUGAGGACAUCCAAAAGAAAAAGUGUCUAUUUAGAGCUUGCAGCAUUCUUAAGGACACCUCUUAUCCCGCCCACAUACUGUUUUCUCUCCUGCCCUCCGGCAGACAUUUCAGUUGCCUCCGAACCAGGACCAGCAGACUGAAGAACAGCUUUUUUCCCAGAGCUCUAUUGAACUCUGCCCCUCACUGAUCCCACUGCCCUGCAUAUACGGCUACACCAGGCUAAAGUUUGGUUAUUGACAUUACUGGACUGUUCAUUGCAGUACCUGCUGUUCACGAAUGCAUUUUUGCAUCCCAGUACUUCAACCAAAUAUCCAAUAUCUUCUUCCACUGCACUGUUACUUGGCUAGCUUCUGUCCAUUAUUUAUUUGCACUACUCUAUAUCCAUUGCACUACUACUCACCAUAGCCUCACUUAUCAUUGUAUAUACCCCAUCUGUAUAUUUCUGUGAAUAGUAAUAGCCAACUGUAUAUUAUGUUCCUGUACAUACCCAUUUGUAAAAUACUUCAUCAUAUUGAUUUUUUUCCUGCACUUA